GAGAACGACAUAAGAAGGUUCUUUAAGAAUUGCCUGUGACUCCGAUUGCGCUUCUUUGUGGAUUCCCAACUAAAAAGUAAGUUUUUUAGUAUGACACAGCGAAGCAAAUAUAUCCUGUUGGAAAAAGUACUACUUGAAGAUGAAAAUGGACCUUUCGAAGUUCCUGUAGGAGAAAUCCUGGAAGAGAUCGAUUCUUCUGAUUAUUCUAUCUGGAGUAGCGACGUGUUUCUCUUUCAUGCACGUCGACAAAGAAAGCUAACGUUUUCAACUAAAGCAGUUGCGAGACUUACUGAUCUUCACGCCGCUAAUCUACUGAGUAUCAAAUCGCUAAAGCAAAGACUAACCGAUUUUCAAGCGAGAAAUUGCUUUGCAAAACCACCGAAAACAGGAAAUCAGGUGUUUGUUUCUGUGAGAGGAAGAGAAUUCAAAGGGAUAGUCAGGGCGGUUUCAUCGAUGAGUGAUAACGAUUCUUCCUUCAAAGUGCAGCUUUUCAACGAGGUCAACCUUGAUGAGCACUUUAUACAAGAUGGCGAAACAUUGAUUAGCAUGAAGACUUGUGGACUAGAUGUUCUUUGGCAUUUACCAAAUGGUGGUAUUGGUGUUUCGGUCUCUUUGGACAAAUUGCGUCCUCGCUAUGAAACCCUGUCAUCAAACAAGCAUCAAACAAGAGCGGUGAGAGGAGAAAUUGAAAAUGAGAAGAACCGAUUACUCAAUAGCUGCCAGAAAUCAAAUAUGCAUAAAGUUGCACUGGCUACAAAAACGGAAGCGAAUGAUAAAGAGCAUGAACGACAAUUAUCUUGUACAAAAAAAGAUAAAGAAGAAGCCGAGAAACAACUUCAAAGCUCUGAAGAAAAAACAAAACAUCUUGAGACUACACUACCCAUUGCAAGUAUAGAUCAACAAAACUACAAAAACUUACAGUUAAAAUUUAAUAAGCUUCAACAAGCUAAUGGCGAGACCCAGAAACGUCUCCAAAGCUGUGAAGAAAGAGAGCAAGAGCUCCAGAAAACGCUUGCUGAAACACAAAAACUUGUAAAAAAGAAACAAGAACCUGACAAUGAGUGCGAAUGGACUUUGAAUCGAGAAGAGAUUCAGAUUACUGAAGAAAAGCUUGGAAGCGGAACGUUUGGAACUGUGUACAAAGGAAUGUUUCGUGGUACACAAGUUGCUGUAAAACAAGUCUCAGUGAAGCCAAAGAUUACCGAGUACAACAUAGAAAACUUUAGAAGGGAAAUGAAAAUGGCGUCUAGAUGUCGACAUCCUUGCAUGUUACAGUUCAUUGGUGCAACAAGUGAUGAUCAAAGUCCAUUAUUGAUGACUGAACUGCUGGACACUAGUUUAAAAGCUGUCUUACUUGAGCGUGCAUUAAACCUUGUUGAGAUUAUAACUAUUGCACUGGAUGUUGCUAAAGGGUUAAACUACUUACAUCUUACCCGUCCACAUCCUAUCGUUCACCGUGACAUCAGCAGUGGUAACGUGUUGCUAUGGAAACAUGGUCAGUCAUGGCGAGGGAAGAUUUCAGACUAUGGGAAUGCUGUGCUGAUGAACUAUGCCAAGACAGGCAGUGGUGGUGCUAUUUCGUACUUGGCACCUGAAAUGAACAACAAAAGAUUUUCACCAAAGAGUGAUGUAUUUAGCUUUGGUGUUCUUCUGCUGGAAAUGUGCCUCAGAAAAGAGCCAUCAUGUCUUGGUGAUAGAGGUGAGCUUAUUUGCUUGGUAGAGAAUGGAGAACUGAGGUCCCUGAUACGAAGUUGUCUUCAAAAGGAACCCACACAACGCCCAUCCAUGGAUGAAGUCUUAGCCGCACUAACUACAGCCUCGAGCUCCCACUCUGAAUUGACAGGCACCAAUUAAAUAAUUAUUGUCCAACAUUUACUUGCCACUGUUUUGAUUGCUACACACUGAUUGAGACAAAUGUUGGUGCAGUUUGCUGUUCCACGGUUUCUUUGUUCCCUUACAUACCCUAACCAGUAUUUGAUUGACAGUAGUGUAUUAUUGCCCAUUUACCUAUUGUGACUUUUUUUUUCGACCAGUGCAUAGCAAUGAAAA